UUAUGUGUGAGAGGAGACACGCUGUGGAGAGUGGAGCUGCCACUGAGGAGACCGCUGUUAUGACAGACGCUGUGGAGAGCGGAGCUGCUGCUGAGGAGACCGCUGUGUGGAGACAUGCUGUGGAGAGCAGAGAUGCUGCUGAGGAGACGUACAGGUGUCCCCUUUGACCCCCCUGUCUCCGGCCCUGGGGUAGUGAGCACUUUUGGGUGAACAGGGGAUGCAAAUUGGCCGGGUGAAGGGAGCGAAUUGGGCUUUUGUUGUUGGCAUUUACACACAGCGGCAACAGCAAUUUGCCCCCUUUGCAGGCAAUUGAGUUCCCCUCUUAAAGUCUCCAGCAGUUACAUGGACUUUGAAAGAAAAGGUUAUUAGACUUUGAAGGAAAUUAAAGAAGAAUGUACUUGAGAUUUUCUUCCGAGUUUGGCCCCUGUUGUUUAAAAUAUGGCCAUUUGGUUUUUCUUGUUUGCUUUUUGAAGCGCUGUUGUUUAUUUUUCAAUUUACUUGUUGGAGGGUUUUUAAAAAAAUUUACAUUCUAUCAGCUACUUUGACUCCAUGAGAGGCAUCUCCUUUGUGCCCACACUUACCUGUCCCUGGCUCCUGUGAUCCAUCCUUCCCUGCAGCGAGAUGGCCUUUCCACUUCUUUCCUGGCAGAAGGAGGUUGAUGCUGAGGGAUCCCUUCAGUCUCCUUUCCGGAACACUGAUUUGGACUUUUCUUUGAUCCUUUCAACACAACCAAAUCAACUUUCUUAUCAAACGGAACAGAAGGAGAACUACAUGGCUAAUUCAAACUUAAAAAUGGACUCCCCACCAGACGUGCCCCAUGAACUAUCGUACCUUCCUGAAAAACUGAGGCAGAGGCUGUUGCCCUUUCAGAGGGACGGAGUUAUGUUUGCGCUGCAGAGAGAUGGAAGGUGUAUGAUUGCUGAUGAGAUGGGCCUCGGGAAAACGAUACAAGCGAUUGCAGUGGCUUAUUUCUACCGUGAUGAGUGGCCUCUUUUGAUUGUUGUUCCCUCCUCACUGAAGUACCCAUGGAUUGAGGAAAUGGAGAAGUGGAUUCCAGGACUAGGACCUGAGGACAUAACAGUCAUUGAGAACAAGACAGACGUUGGGAGAAUUUCAGCUUGUAAAGUGACAGUUUUGGGGUAUGGCCUGUUAACUUCGGAUGCCAAGACGCUGAUGAAUGCUCUGUACAAACAGCACUUCAGAGUGGUUUUAGUAGACGAGUCUCACUACAUGAAAUCUAGAAACGCUUCCCGGAGCCAACUUCUGCUGCCAAUCGUUCAGAAAGCGACAAGAGCCCUUCUACUCACCGGGACACCGGCUCUUGGAAGACCCGAGGAGCUUUACAUGCAGAUCGAUGCUCUGUUCCCCAGGCGAUUUGGAACUUGGACAGAAUAUGCCAAGAAAUACUGUAAUGCACAUGUCAGGUACUUUGGCAAAAGAACUCAGUGGGAUUACAGAGGAGCCUCUAAUUUAGAUGAUUUACACCAGCGAUUAAGCAGCAUCAUGAUCAGACGAUUAAAGAAUGAGGUUUUAACUGAACUUCCACCUAAAAUCAGACAGCGUAUCCCAUUUGAUCUGCCGAAAGAUGUGGCUAAGGAAAUGAAUGCCAGCUUUGAAGAGUGGGAAAAAUUGAUGAGAUAUCCAGAUUCCUUGACUUCGGAUUCCAGCAGUCCAUUUAUUCAGGUCAUGGGACAGAUCACUCGCAUGUAUAAGCAAACUGCCCUGGCUAAGGCUGGAGCUGUGAAAGACUACAUUAAAAUGAUGUUAGAAAAUGACAAGCUGAAGUUCUUGGUGUUCGCACACCACCUUUCUAUGCUACAGGCAUGUACAGAGGCUGCCAUUGAAAGCAAGGCCCGUUACAUCCGGAUAGACGGUAGCGUUCCAUCUGCAGAGCGAAUUCACCUUGUCCAUCAGUUUCAGAGUGACCCUGACACCCGUGUGGCUGUUCUUAGCAUCCAGGCUGCUGGCCAGGGGCUGACACUCACAGCUGCCACACAUGUUGUGUUUGCUGAGCUGUACUGGGACCCCGGACAUAUAAAGCAAGCAGAGGAUCGAGCCCAUCGUAUUGGACAAAGCAGUUCUGUGCACAUUCAUUACCUGAUCGCCAAAGGCACCCUGGAUACGCUGAUGUGGGGGAUGCUGAACAGAAAGGCUAAUGUAACAGGUAGCACGCUCAACGGCAAGAAGGAAAAAAUCCAGGCUGAAGAAGAUGAUAAGGAAAAAUGGGAUUUCUUGAGCUUUGCUGAAUCUUGGACCCCUAAUGAAGAUCUCGAUGACAUGAAAGACCAACUGCUAUUCACUCAUUUUGAGAAGGACAAGCAGCAUGACAUCCGGUCCUUCUUCUUAGCCAAACCUGAUGCAGAGAAAAAGCGCAAAAGAAUGGAUGGAGAACCAGAGCCUGCGUAUCUAAGCGGGGGACAGGAAGAUGACUCUGCACAGGAGGUGUUCGCUACAGAAACCAAAGUAUCAGUGGACAGCAGUGACGUUGUAGAUGUUGAUGCACUUUUUCCAGAUGAUGACUUUGAACAACAAGCCAAACGAUUUUGCCUUUCAGGCACCCAGACCCCUAAAUCUUCCCCCAAAAGCACCAGCAGUAAAAGAAAGUCUUGGAGUGGCAAAUCCUCUUCCUUAACCUCCUCGCCAAAUACUCGUGGUUUCUCCGAAGGCACCCUGCUUACACCUCCAAGGCCUCCACUGUCUGAGAAGUGCUGGAACUGCCCGGCUUGUACUUACAGCAAUAAUUCUUUGUUGCCUUACUGCGAAAUCUGUGAGAGUCCAAGGAACAGAAAAAGUUCUGUGAAACAGACCCCAGCAGCGAGCGUAUCCUGCAUUCAGGAAGAGAAAGAAAAUCAAAGUCAGAGUGAUGGGGAUAAUGAGCUUGUCGACUGCACUCAGCAGGCGGUGCCCCCUGCUCCUCAGAGUGACUUACAGGGGGAUCAUAUACUAAGCAUCCAAAACAACAACUCAGAAGCCCACCCCAGGGAGACAUCAGCAGCCACUGAACCAGAGCUUUGUCACAAUUCCACUUGUUUUCCAGUGUAUGAUGGAUUAAUGUUCUGUGCCAGCAGGCAUACGGAUCGCAUCUAUUUAUAUAGCAAGGAUGGAGAACCAUUGAACUAUAAUUUCAUUCCUUUGGAUAUUAAAUUGGAAAACUGGGAUGAUUUACCCGAAGCAAUGCAGCAAAGACCAAACAAAUCUUUGAUUGUGAGAUUUAUCAGAGAAUGGGACAGCUUGACAGCCAUGAAGCAGAGGAUAAUCCGGAAGAGUGGUCUGGUCUUCAGAAGCCCAGUACAGGCUAUGGUAAACCUCUCGAAACAACAGUCAACGCACAGUAGCACCAAGAGGUACCUGACCAAAGAAGACGUUGCAGCUGCCUCAUUAAGCAGAGUUCAGAACAGCGGGGGGAGAGUGAGGCUUGUCAGCAGGGAAUGCACAUCGUCAGUCAAAGCAAAAGUGUCCAUAGGUUCAGCCGCAGGACCCCCCACACCAUUUGAAAAUGGGAAUGUUCAGAGAUCUGCUGGAACCCCAUCUGAACCGGAGGCAGAAGGUUCUGCAUGUAAAGGGUAUUUACAAGCAAUGGAUAGUGCAGGGAACCCACUGUGUGUCUACUGUCAGGAGCCAUGUUCCCAACCUAUAGCACAGUGCCCUACAGCGGCCUGGGAUACCCGCUUCUGCUCCCGGAAAUGCCAAGAUGACUUCUUGAUUCGCUCUAAUCAAAGCUACAUGAGGGCAAAAGUGUUUGAAGCGGAGCUUGGUGUUUGCCAGCAGUGCUGUUUAAAUGCACACGAACUGUACCUGAGUGUGCGGGAUGCCCCCAAAGGUCAGAGGAAGACUCUGCUGGAGAGUACAUGGAUGGCACAGCUUCCACUAGACCAGCUAAAUGAGCUCAUACGGAACCCCACAGAAGGCCUGUUCUGGCAAGUGGACCACAUCCGCCCAGUGUAUGGUGGGGGAGGCCAAUGCUUGUUGGAUAAUCUUCAGACCCUGUGUACUGUGUGUCAUAGAGAGAGAACAGCUCAGCAGGCGAAAGAGAGGAGUCGGACAAAGAAACUCUCUGUGGCCUCCAAGUACGGUUCGGAUAUCACCAAGUUCUUUUCCAAGGUCUAAUGUUUCAUCGCAUUGCCAUACCAGUUACUGUGUAAUGUCUGUGAGUAUUGAUGUUUUAGCACACUCUAAUUUGUGAAAAAAAUAAAGAAUUUAGUUUUGCGAGUAC